AUGUGCAAUAGACCACAUCACUCUUUCUUUUUCUCACUUCCUCCUGCAGGAAGGAUGGGCUGUCUGAAGUCCACGCUGAGCGGUGGUCUGGGGAGUGCUGUGGAGGGGAAAACACAACAGCAGGAUGCACAAUCUGAUCAGGCGCGCUACGUGAGAGACCCCACCUCCAAAACAAAACUUGACAGAACUAACACCUUAUUACCAGGUCAGGUGUUCGAAAAGAUGGAAGCAAACAAUGAACCUGGCAAAAUAGUGAUUGGCCUUUACUCUUACGAAGCAACACACCCUGAUGACUUGAGAUUCAAGAAAGGAGAAAAGAUGAAAAUCUUAGAAGAACAUGGUGACUGGUGGAAAGCAAAGUCUCUGACAUCCAACAAGGAAGGAUUCAUACCAUCAAAUUACGUCGCCCAGGUCAACACCAUGGAAACAGAAGAGUGGUUUUUUAAAGACAUCACACGAAAGGAUGCAGAAAGGCAGCUUUUGUCACCGGGAAACAAACCAGGAUCUUAUCUCAUCAGAGAAAGUGAGACAUCGAAAGGAGACUACUCACUGUCAGUCAGAGACAUCAACACUCAAAGGCUGGAUUCAGUGAAACAUUAUAAAAUCAGGAAGUUGGACAAUGGUGGCUUCUACAUUUCUCCCAAAAUCUCCUUCCCCAACAUCGGCAGCAUGAUCAAACAUUAUCACACCAAAGCAGACGGCCUGUGCUAUAAACUGGAGCGUCCGUGCAUAAAACCUAAAGCACAACGGCCCUGGGAUAAGGACGCUUGGGAAAUAUCCAAGGACUCUAUAAAGAUGGUAAAGAAGCUGGGAGCAGGGCAGUUUGGAGAAGUCUGGAUGGCUUACUAUAACAACACCACCAAAGUGGCGGUGAAGACGCUGAAGCCUGGCACCAUGACUCCAGAAGCUUUCUUAGAGGAGGCCAAUGUGAUGAAGACGCUGCACCACGACAGGCUGGUUCGGCUCUACGCAGUCAUCACCAAGACAGAACCCAUCUACAUCAUCACUGAAUUCAUGGCUAAUGGAAGCCUUCUAGACUUCUUAAAAAGUGACCCAGGAUGCAAACUGCAACUACCAAAGCUUAUUGAUUUCUCAGCACAGAUAGCGGAGGGCAUGGCGUACAUAGAGAGGAAGAAUUAUAUCCACAGGGACCUGAGAGCUGCAAAUGUCCUCGUGUCCGAGAGUAUGCUGUGCAAAAUAGCCGACUUUGGGUUGGCAAGAGUCAUCGAGGAUGACGAGUAUUCUGCCAGAGACGGUGCCAAAUUUCCCAUUAAGUGGACAGCUCCAGAGGCCAUCAACUAUGGCACCUUCACCAUUAAAUCAGACAUGUGGUCCUUUGGAGUCCUUCUUUACGAGAUUAUCACGUAUGGGAAAAUCCCAUACCCAGGUAUGACCAAAGCAGAGGUGGUUUCUUCGAUUCAACGCGGCUACAGGAUGCCACGGCCUGACAACUGUCCCCAAGAGCUGUAUGAUAUCAUGACAUCCUGCUGGAAUCAGAAGCCUGAUGACAGGCCCACCUUUGACUACACACAGAGUGUCCUGGAUGACUUCUACACUGCCACAGAGUCGCAGUACCAGCAGCCAUAG